AUGAAGUCUUCACAAUCAUCACUGCCAGCUCAAUUGCUAUGGGACAUGUUGGAAUGUGCCAGAAAUGGCAAAGACCAAAUGGAUCUCAUCGCACGGCCGGAACAAUUGUACAAGGAACAUGUCGGCACCAUCAAGAUCCUAUUAGAUAAAGCUUUUGGACAGUUUUUGCAGUCUCAGGAACCCAGCGAGCAGUACAGGAAAGAGAUUGCGAGGUAUGCUGGCGAGCUGAAAGCUCUCGAGGAGAACCGUUCAAACCAUCUGGCGAAGAUCAAGCAAGCAUACGAUAACCAAGCCGACGCUGCUCUGCAGAUGGUAUGCGACAAGCUGCUGCCGAUCAUGGGGCCAAUCCGGGUUAGGAAAGCGUUGCAAAAUAUUCCAACAGAAGACCUAAAGGACUAUCUCCCGGCAAGUGCGCAAUGCGGCGAUCAAAAAUCUAUUGUUGAAGCCCCAUCCGGGUACACCACGACGGAACGCGACGAACUUGGUAGAAAGCAGAACAGGCCAACAAUUAGGGACACGAAUUCCGUUGGGAUCCAAAACCAAAGCCCCACGCAAGAGAACGGACGGCAUUCGGCAGGUAUACGACGCCGCUUCAGCAAGAGCAAUGCCGCUGAAACAACUGCUCAAUCAAAGAGGCAGAGGACACAUAACGACAAUACUACCCAAGCACCAGAGAGCUGUGUCCAAGAACUGGAGCCUCACGAGGGCGAUGAGCAGUCCAGCAACCAGGUUGAGCUGCUCAGCACACCACAAACCCCAGACUCCACGGGCGUUCGUAUCCAGAUAUCUCAGGAGAACAAAGACGCAUCCUCCAUUUCACUUGUCCUCGCAGCCUCAGAACACUGUGCAGCGACCGGAGACGUCCAGACUCCUUCCAAAAACACCGUCCCGGUCAACAUGACUGUCGUUGAUGCCGAUGAAUGCGUGAUUGGGUCUUUGGGCACAGUUGAGCCCUGGAAUGAUCACAUUGCAGCGAUUCUGAGGAUUCCCGUCGUAAGGACGAUCAAAAUCCGCCGCGGGCGGCACUUCACCAUGGACCAUCUGUCCAAAGUCUGCGACCGGUCUGACCCCAGGGGUGUAAGAAUACUCGCCUGCAUGAUCCAAGCCGGAGGUAAAAUUAUGGAGACGCGCUGCGGUCACUGCAGAGGGAAUCGAGGGACUUUCGAACACUGCAUCGUGCUUGACGGCCCUCUUUUCACCAGGUGCGGCAACUGCGAGUGGGCGCGCCAGCGAUGCCAUGGUGCGUCUGGACCUUCCGCCACGGAACAAGGCAGAGAUGAUAACGCCCAGAAAGGAUGUGGUAUCGGCACGAGCGAGGGUGUGGCAGCUGAGCACACCAAUCCAUACUGGGAGAUUGGCCAAAUCAAAACAAGGCAUUUCGCCAGCCCUGAAUCCGUCAAGCAGUGCUUGAGCUGGGUGGAAGACGAUGAAUACUUCAAACACUGGGUCGUCAUGGGUCCCGAUUAUGGACAAGUGGGAGUCCUACGGGAGCCCGUGGAUUUCAACAUUCAGCUGAAAGACAUUUCAGAAGUCAAAUGGAAUUCAUGCAUUGUACAAGUCAAGAUGAAACAGGCGGAUUCAACGACGCCCACGGUCGAACGGCCAGCUCCAGGCGAUAUCAUGAUAGCUUUUGGAGAGCCGAGAACGGUGCUUGAAUUUGUGGAGUUUUGCCGACGUCGAGGCCUCAAUGAGACCAACGAAGAAGCAGAAGAGAUGGCACGAACGUGGCUGAACAUGAAAUCUCAGACGCUUCUGUCUCAUGAGCCUGUUAGUCUUGACACCAUCUGA